UGAUAUCACAGAUAAUUAAAAAGACAGAUAAGUUGUUAGCUAACGAAAGUUUUAUGUAGUUUAUUGUGGUACCUGAGAAGUACCACAGUAAUUCUGGAAACUAUAUUGUAUAGAUGAAGACUUAAAAAAUGGAAGAUACAAAAAAAUAAAAAAAGAAAGAAAUGUGUUAUGAGAGAAAAUUACUGAAAAUUAGUAAGCAAGUAAACAUUGAACAUUUAAUAGAAAAAGGUCUAAGCUGUAUUUCUAAGAGACUUCGAUGCAAUGGUGAUAGGGACUGCAACAAUUUCUCAGAUGAAGAAAAUUGUUUGACCAUUCAUUCACCUUGUGGUAGCAAAAAGUACAAAGGCAUUCCAAACAUAAACAGGGUUGGAGCUGGAUUUGAUGUCACCAAAUUGCGAGAAGAAAGCAGAGUUAUGAAUAAUGAACACUAUAAUGGUAACUGCAUUAUUACAAGAAGUGGAAAAUCAGGAAAACAUUACAGAAAACCGGCAAACGUUCAGUUUUAUCGAUACCAGUUUCAAGUUGGUCACUCCUUUACGAUAAAGUCAUAUGAAUCCUCUAUGAGUUAUUUUCAAGAUGAACAAAAUUUAUUCAAAAAAAAGAUGGAUGCCGGUUCCUCCUUUGCUCAUUUAUCUAGCUUGUUUUCGAAUUCCUCUGGGUGCAACAGUCGCAAAACAAAAAUGGUGAUUGAUUUUGGUACAAAUUCUGAUUCGAAAUUUUUUAAGAUAUCUGCCACUGUACAAGUUGCACGAUUCAGGAUUAUUCGUCAAAAUCUUUUGCUCUCGUACGAUUUUGAGUACCGUUUGAAGCAACUACCAGAGGAAUUCGAUUAUGCAAAAUAUAUUCAAGUAAUUUCUGACUUUGGCACCCAUUUCUACUCUAGUGGUGUGCUAGGUGGAGAAUAUGAGUUUCUGUACCGCUACUCUAAAAAAGCUCUUCUCGAGUCAGGUCUAACAGACAGUGAGCAAAAGCACUGUUUGGAGCAGGAAGCAAAAGUGUCUUUGUUUGGCAUUGGUUCUGGUGUUGAUAAGUAUGGUUGUUCAACAAACCCAUUAUCAAAGAAGCACCAAGGAAGUUUUACCCGUUCUGCUACGAACUUCGUUUCUGAUGUAGAUGGUGGUACAUCUGCCAAAGCUUCUGCUCUGAGUUUCACUUCUGGAAAAACACCGAAUAAGACUGAUUAUGACGCAUGGGUGAAGACGGUCAAAGACUACCCAGUAGUUGUUAACUACAUGCUUACCCCAAUCUCAAUCGCUGUGCCAGUUUCAAACUACAAGAAAAGAGCAAAUCUGGAGCGUGCAUUAAUACUCUAUUCAAAAGAGUAUGACAACACCAAGUGUACGGGUAAAUGUGCACAUGGUGCAGCAGUGGUCGUGGUUAAUAAAGGAAAGCUCUGCAAGUGUCUUUGCCCUGCCAACUAUGGUGGCAUUGAUUGCAAUGUUCGUGCAUAAAGCAUGAUUUUUGUGAUUAUGAUCAACAGAUUUUAAAUUAUAAUCAGAAAAGGAUUAUCAAAGUUGUGUUGUAAAAUGGAAAUAAAAGAAUAUAUAUUACCA